AUGGCACGCAUAAAAGAAGAAGCAUACUACAAGCUCGCCCAUAACUACAUAAGGAAAUACAGACGGGACCAAUCGCGACGAGAAGGUAGUACAGUCGAGCGGGGGCGGCGAAGAUCACUACUACCGACCAUCACGCCGACUUCCGGUUCCAACGCCGACACCGACAGCAGGACGAUUGGCACCCGCUCCAAGACCCUCGGCGCUAUAGACCCGCAAACCCAAUGCGCGCUUUUUAGCAGAUUGCCCCCUGAGAUCAGGCGUAUGAUAUGGGUUGCUGUUCUUGGAAAUCUCGAGAUCGAGAUUGUGACGCAGAGGCAUAGGCGUGUUAUCCCUUAUUUCUAUGAUGAAUGUGCGUGUAUCGACAAACGGGCACAUACAUGUCCGCUACUCGGGUGUAUUAUUAUGAAUGGCCACGGUCUAGACGAAGGUCAAGAUCGAAAGCAGGAGGGUGGGUUGCGACUUCUAGCGGUUAUUUUGACAUGUCGAAGGGCCUACACCGAAGCCCUCCCAAUCCUCUACAUCACAAACAAAUUCACAUUCAUCGCAUUUGAAAUAAUCCAGCUCUUCCGGUCCUCGAUCCCAUCUUCACAUUGGAACUUGAUUCGAUCCGUGCACGUCCGCACCCACAAUAUCCUCUGGAGCCACCAUCCGCGCACGAAUGUUUUUCGGCUCUCGUGCGAGGAUGUACUGAGCCUUGCUUCCUUGCGGGAGUUUACGAUUCGGGUGCGGAGGUCGAGGUCCGGGCUCAGGCCUGAGAGGGCCGAGAGGGAUUUUGAGGGGAUUGUUGGGGCGUUGGAGGUGCUUGGGGGGUUGGAGGGGAGGGGUGUACGGUUGGUGAUUGAGGUUGAGGUUAGGAAGGAGAAGGAGAAUGGGAAUGGGGAAUUCCAGGUUGGAGAAGUGAGGGAAGGACUUGACAGGAGAGGUAUGGGCGGGUGGAUUGUUAGGGCUGUCAAGGGGCCGGAGUGA